AUGUCCUCCACACCCACGCCAACAACAACAACCACCGCUCCAACAACCGCACCCCCACCACCCCCACCACCCCCCUUCGACUUCCCCCGCGAAUACCACUUCCCGCCCUUCUUCACCCGCCAAACAAACCUAACAACGCACCACUCCCAACUCGAGAAGUGGUCCUCCCUCAUCCUCUCCUACGCCCGCCAGCACCGCAUCUUCCGCCUCUCGCUAGCCUACGACGGAACCCCCUACGAAGACCUCUUCCGCAACCGCCGCCUAGGCCGCUCGCUGCGCUUAUCCGACGCCCGGGAAGUCCUCGAGUUCAUGCGCAAGGAGGGUCGCGCGGAGCCCGUCGCUGCUGUCGGGAAAGAUGGUAGUGGGAGUGGGAGUGGGAAUGGAGGAGGAGGAGGAGGAGGAGGGGGCGGCGCGGGUGAUGUGUAUUGGGUGUACUGGCGGACGCCGGAGGAGUGGGCGGGUCUGGUCGAGGCGUGGGUUGACGAGACGGCGCAGAAGGGCGCCGUGUUGACGUUGUAUGAGUUGACGGAUGGGGAGGGGACGAGGGGGACUGAAUUCUACGGCCUCGACCCCGACCUCCUCCAGAAAGCGCUACAAGUCCUCGUCAAGCGCGGCAAAGCACAAAUCUUCGGACAAGAGGACCAGCAAGGCGUCAAGUUUUUCUAA